CUGGCUAGAAUUACUGAAUGAUAGGCAUUGCUCAGAGAAAGCUCCCUGGAAGAAGUGGAUUAUAAACUGGGAUGAUGUGUGUGACACAUAAAACCCUCUGAGGAGUGUGCAUAUCAAACCAGGAUUUGAGAUUUUCCAAGGCUAUCACUCUACCUCUUUCUUAAAUGCUCCACCAAGAAUGGUUAUUCCCAUAUCUCCACAGAGUUUCCCUAGGCUCUUCUGGAUGAUAUUGGCAAAGGUACCAAAGGCAUUUUUUCUUAGGUAAUAGAGCUAUAGUCAAGACAGGAAUUUAUGCUCAAAGUUAUCUGAAAUGCAUCAUAUAUCCAUUAAUUCAUCAACUCAACACAUAUUCACUGAUACCUACCGUGUGUCAGGCCCAGCACAAGGCACUGCACAUACAAUGAUGAAAAUAACGAAGGUCUCUAGCCAAGGACAAACAGCUUGGGAAAUGGGAUUCCUACAGCAACUGGCACGAGUAUAAUCUGUACCCACCAAAACCUCCUGUCCUGUGCAUCUCAAAGUUCCAAAUGUUUCCUCAGCCUGGGAAUGUGAACCCCAGCAAACGCCCACACCGCCCUGGCCCCCAGACCAAGAAUUACAGGAACUUCUCUUUUCACCACCAUGAAUGUGGAAGGUGCACAAAAGACAAACUGAUGCUUCCAACAGGAAAACUGAAAUUUGUUUGUGAAGAGGCAGGGCUAAGAUGAAAGAGGCAGCAUUUAAUCUAAACCAUUUCCUGUGACUUGGAUUUCUUUUUUAAAAAUUGGCCGCUUUAUCGUUUUGUUAGUCACCUCUUCUCUAGGCUUAUUGGAGGCGUAGUCCAUGCUAGCAAUCUCCCAUCUGCUGGAAAACAGAAUCAAGAGAAUGGGGAGCGUGAUGACACAUCCUUCACUGGAUGAAAAUAUUAGGCGGAAAGCAAGCAAUGUACUAACUAUUUGCAUAAAACCUAUUAAUGCCCUCUUCAGACUGAUGAAAUGAAUUUCACAACACCGAGAGAGAGCAGCUGUGAUCCACUGCUUUCAGUAAUGAGGAGGAUUUGGGACAAUCUGCAAACCACCGCCACUCCCAAAAGCGACACCAUUGACUUUAGCACUCUCUAAUGAAAAUACUCUGGUUGUUGGGCAGAAGAUGACACAUCUUUAUCAAAACUUCAUCUCAUAGGUCUUCUACCUGCUGAAAACGCUAUUAGGUUCCUUGUGUUCCUGUUUUUCUCAUGCUAGUGUAGAUUCGUGGCAUUUCAAACCACAUUUUUUUAAAAAAUCAAAACUAAGGUUUAUCCUAUUAUUUUCCUGCUGGAAAUCGCGAAACCAUUGGGGCCGGUGGGCGGGGCGGGGGGGGGAGGGAAGGUGUACAUCCUCGGUCAGGAGCUGCUCGUCCCCUGUGUUGGUCCGGGGACAACAUUUGCCUUUACAAUGGCCGAGCAAGGCGACCUUCUGUCCAGCUGUGCUUUACACGCAAACAGCGAGCGGGUCAGGUUCCCAGAGCCUAGAGGUGGCGGCUCCCGCCAGGGCAGCGUCGGGGGCCGCCGCAGAGAAGGGAGAGGAUCCGCUGGGAUUGGGAGGGGAGACGCGGAGAAGGUGGAGAAUAGGAAUCAUGUGUGUUCCUCGAGUGUACAACCCACAUUUGAGUGACAAAUGACAAGGACAACCUAUAAAAACAACUGAGCGCAAAUCCGCCCGAAUGCAUCUCCCUUUCGCUGCGAGUGCCUUCGCAACUAACUUUGGGAACUCGCAGACCAGCGUCGCUCCCCGCGCCGCCUCGCCUCCACUUUGAUUUCCCGCGUCCUGCCGCCCUCUUCCGUGCCUCCUCUUCCUCCGGGCUGAGCAUGGAGGAUUCCUUUAUCCCCUCAACUCUGCCGCCUGCGCCCAACCUCUCCGCACCCAUCUUGCUGGGCUGGGGCCUCAACCUGACGUCCGGGCAGGGAGCCCCUGCCCCGGGGCCGCCCGACCGCCGCGCCCGCCUGGCCUUCCUGGGGGUCAUCCUGGUCGUGGCGGUGGCCGGCAACGCCACGGUGCUGUGCCGCCUGUGCGGCGGCGGCGGCGGGCCCUGGGCGGGUCCCAAGCGCCGCAAGAUGGACUUCCUCCUGGUGCAGCUGGCCCUGGCCGACCUGUACGCGUGCGGGGGCGCCGCGCUGUCGCCGCUGGCCUGGGCACUGCUGGGCGAGCCCCGCGCGGCGGCGGGCGACCUGGAGUGCCGCUUCCUGCAGCUGCUGCAGGCGUCCGGCCGGGGCGCCUCCGCCCACCUCGUGGUGCUCAUCGCCCUCGAGCGCCAGCGCGCCGUGCGCCGUCCGCAGGGCCGGCCGCUGCCCGCGCGCGCCCUCGCCGCCCUGGGCUGGCUGCUGGCGCUGCUGCUGGCGCUGCCCCCGGCCUUCGUGGUGCGCGGGGCCACCUCCUCGCCGCCGCCCGCCGAGCCCCCGAGCCCCGCGCGCGCCUGGCCCGGGGAGCGUCGCUGCCGCAGCAUCUUCGAAGCUCUACCGCGCUGGCACCUGCAGGUCUACGCGCUCUACGAGGUCGUCGCGGGCUUCGCCGCGCCUGUCGCGGUCCUGGGCAUCGCUUGCGGCCGCCUGCUCUGCGUCUGGUGGCGGCACCGGCCCCGGGCCCCUGCGGGUGCGGAGUCCUCGGCGGCGAGUCCCAGCCGAGCCCCCGCGCCUGACGCGCUGCCCCGCGCCAAGGUGCAGAGCCUCAAGAUGAGCCUGGUGCUGGCGCUGCUGCUCGUGGGCUGCGAGCUGCCCUACUUUGCCGCCCGGCUGGCCGCCGCGUGGUCGUCCCGGUCCGCGGGAGACUGGGAGGGAGAGGGCCUGUCGUUGACGCUGCGCGUCGUGGGGGUGGCCAACAGCGCUCUCAAUCCCUUCGUCUACCUCUUCUUCCAGGCGGCCGACGGCCGGCUCUGGCGGCGGCUGCGGAGGCGCCUGGGCGCUCUCUGCUGCGCGCGGCAGGGAGUCGCGGAGGACGACGAGGGGGUCGGGGGCCACCAGGCGCUCCACCGCUACCGCUGGCCCCACCCGCAUUAUCACCACGCUCGCCGGGAGCAGGCGGAAGAGGGCUGCCUGCGCCCACCCCCGCCGCGCCCCAGACCCCUGCCUUGCUCCUGUGAAAGCGCCUUCUAGGUGUUCAAUGGUCGGGGACAGGUCGUCUGUCGCAGUGGCGCAGGCUCCAGGGAACACGAGGCCAGCCAGGGUCUGUCUAGACCACAACGGGCAGGAUGGUCUCUGAGAGACACUGAAGGUCUCUUCCUCCACUCUUCUAUUAUAUUUCCUUCUAAUGUUUACAUUUUCCUACACUCUUCUGAUUCCUUCCCUCCAGUGUCUCUCACAUUUCCCUACUUGGAGACGAGAGAGUGGGCCAUUGGGAAGUUGAAAAACAGAGUUACAGAGUUAUUUUUGCAAGGUUUUUUUACACUCUUACAGUGUUCUAGAUAAGACCAUUUAUUUUAGCCAAAUUGCCAAACUUUCAUUAUUUGCUGUGUUGUCAUCUAUUUUUACUUAUUUUUGCAUCGUGCUUAAAUCAAAGUGUACCUUUGGGACCAGUGAGUUUGCCUUUCUUUCCAGGAGGAAAAUCCCCGCAUUGCUCUGCCUAGGGAGACGGAGAAUUAUGCCAGUAAUACUGUCAGAAAUGUAAUCAUGCUGUCACUUCAGAGCCACAGAGUAUUUGUAAAAUAAAAACAUU